AGACUCUCUUGGAUAUAAACCCUAAACCCUCUCCUUCUCGUCGCCAUUUCGCUCCAAAUUGUGCUCGGAACUCCCUCAAUACCACCUUCUUCUACCAGCUAUGGCGGAGCUGAAGCUCUCAGAGUCCCGAGACCUAACUCGGAUAGAGCGUAUCGGCGCACACUCCCAUAUCCGAGGGCUCGGGCUCGACUCAGCGUUGGAGCCCAGAGUCGUAUCGGAGGGAAUGGUGGGCCAGACGUCGGCUCGCAAGGCCGCCGGCGUCAUCGUCCAGAUGAUCAAAGAUGGAAAAAUCGCCGGCCGCGCGGUUCUGCUCGCCGGCCAGCCCGGCACCGGAAAGACUGCCAUAGCCAUGGGGAUGGCCAAAUCGUUAGGCCAGGAGACCCCCUUCGCGAUGCUCGCUGGCAGCGAACUCUUCUCACUUGAGAUGUCCAAGACCGAAGCCUUAAUGCAAGCCUUUCGAAAAGCGAUUGGUGUCCGGAUUAAGGAGGAGACGGAGGUGAUUGAAGGCGAGGUUGUGGAAAUCCAAAUCGACCGGCCGGCUGCAGCGGGGGCGGCGUCGAAGACCGGGAAGCUAACGCUGAAAACGACGGAGAUGGAGACGGUGUACGAUUUGGGGGCCAAGAUGAUUGAGGCAUUGGGGAAGGAGAAGGUUCAGAGUGGCGAUGUUAUUGCUAUUGAUAAGGCUUCAGGGAAGAUUUCUAAGCUUGGGAGAUCGUUUUCGAGAUCGAGGGACUAUGAUGCCAUGGGGCCACAGACCAAGUUCGUGCAAUGUCCCGACGGGGAGUUACAGAAGCGGAAAGAGAUCGUGCAUUGUGUCACGCUUCAUGAGAUUGAUGUAAUCAACAGCAGAACGCAGGGAUUUCUUGCUCUCUUCACUGGUGAUACAGGAGAGAUUCGUGCUGAAGUGAGGGAGCAAAUUGACACAAAGGUUGCAGAAUGGAGGGAGGAAGGGAAGGCAGAGAUUGUGCCAGGUGUCCUCUUCAUUGAUGAAGUCCAUAUGCUCGACAUUGAGUGCUUUUCUUUCCUGAACCGUGCCCUAGAAAAUGAGAUGGCCCCGAUACUGGUCGUUGCCACCAACAGGGGAAUCACUACCAUCCGUGGCACAAACUACAAGUCGCCUCAUGGGAUUCCAAUCGACUUCCUUGAUCGCCUGCUCAUCAUCUCUACGCAACCCUACACAGAAGACGAAAUUCGAAAAAUUCUGGACAUUCGAUGCCAAGAGGAGGACGUGGAGAUGUCUGAAGAUGCAAAAAUCUUGUUAACAAAGAUCGGUGUAGAUACAUCCUUGAGAUACGCCAUCCACCUAAUUACAUCUGCAGCCUUGUCCUGCCUGAAGCGCAAGGGAAAGGUCGUGGAAAUGGAGGACAUCAGCCGAGUAUACGAACUGUUUUGGGAUGUAAAGAGAUCAACGCAGUACUUGAUGGAAUAUCAGAGCCAGUACAUGUUCAAUGAAGUCCCAACGGUAGAGGCAGAUGAAGAUGAAGCCAAUGUCAUGGUCUCCUGAGACUUCAGACUUCAUUAGAGGACAUUUUAAGAAACUUUUGCCAUGCUUUGUUAAUUACGUGCCAGCUUCUAGCUUUGUCAAACUUAUGUGCUUCCAUGUUCAGGUAUUACUUGUAUCUUUGUUUGUUCUCUGGAGUAUGAAAAUGGGGUUUGUCUUGCCACCCACAAUA